GACUGCAGGUGUCGUUGUUUACCCAGCAAGACACGUAGUCAACCUGAUCAAUUUGAGCUAAUUACGCGACGAAAAACGCGACCUGUCUGAAAUAUGAAUACAAUUUGCAAAACGUGUUUUGUUUGGAGGACAACAUUGAGAUUUGAGCAACAGCCGCUUGAUUUAAGGAGUCCUAAAGUUUUCCGCAGAGCUGCUCCCGUCUCGGCGUGCGGUGAUGCGGACUGCCGGUGGGCGUUGAUCGGGGCACGAUUCAAGAUGAAGAAGCAGUUCAAUCGCAUGAGGCAGCUCGCCAACCAAACGGUGGGAAGAGCUGAAAAAACCGAGGUCUUAAGCGAAGAUCUCCUGCAGGUGGAGAAGCGUCUGGACCUGGUCAAGCAAGUGACGCACAGCACUCACAAGAAGCUGACGGCCUGCCUGCAGGGUCAGCAGGGGGCCGACGUGGAGAAGAAAUCCGUCAAGUCGCCUUCGAAAAAGCUGCCGCUGGCCACGCUGGCGCAAUGCAUGGUGGAGGGCGCGGCCGUGUUGGGAGACGACUCACUCUUGGGGAAGAUGCUGAAGAUGUGCGGCGAGACGGAGGAGAGGUUGGCCCAGGAGCUCAUCGACUUUGAGUUCCAGAUCGAGCGAGACGUGGUCGAGCCGCUCUACGUGCUCGCCGAGGUGGACAUCCCCAAUAUCCAGAAACAAAGAAAGCACUUAGCAAAACUGGUCUUGGACAUGGACUCGUCCCGCACGAGAUACCAGCAGUCGUCCAAGUCGUCCGGCCACCCGAGCGCCCUUCAGCCCGGCGCCAAGUCCGAGUCGCUCCGAGAGGAAAUGGAGGAGGCCGCCACUCGGAUGGAGAUCUGCAGGGAUCAGCUGUCUGCGGAUAUGUACAGUUUUGUGGCCAAAGAAAUCGACUAUGCAAAUUACUUCCAGACACUCAUCGAAACGCAGGCGGAAUAUCACAGGAAAUCGUUGGAGAUUCUAAACAGGAUCCUGCCCCAAAUUAAAGCACACCAAGAAGCGUGGGUGGAGAAGCCGUCGUUCGGCAAGUCCCUGGAGGAACACCUGAACAUCAGCGGCAGAGAGAUCGCCUUCCCCAUCGAAGCGUGCGUCACCAUGCUGCUGGAGUGCGGCAUGCAAGAAGAGGGCCUCUUCCGAGUGGCUCCGUCAGCCUCCAAACUCAAGAAGCUGAAAGCCUCCCUGGACUGCGGCGUUCUGGAUGUGCAGGAGUACUCCUCCGACCCACACGCCAUCGCAGGCGCUCUCAAAUCGUACCUCCGCGAGCUCCCCGAGCCGCUGAUGACGGCCGAGCUUUACGACGAGUGGAUCCAGGCCUCCAACAUUCAAGAUAUGGACAAGAGACUGCAAGCAUUAAUGGCGGCGUGCGAGAAACUGCCUACGGACAACUUAAACAACUUCAGAUAUCUGGUCAAGUUCUUAGCCAAGCUCAGCGAGUUCCAGGACGCCAACAAGAUGACCCCCGGAAACAUGGCCAUCGUCCUGGGCCCCAACUUGCUGUGGACGCACACCGAGCCGGACAUGACGGAGAUGAUGACCACGCUAUCGCUGCAGAUCGUGGGCAUCAUCGAGCCCAUCAUCCAGCACGCCGAUUGGUUCUUCCCCGGAGAGAUCGAAUUCAACCUGACCGGCAGCUACGGCAGCCCCGUCCACGCCAACCACAACUCCAACUACAGUUCCAUGCCGUCCCCCGACGUGGAGGAGUCGGAACGCAAGCAGCCGCACCACGACCAGAGCCGGCGGCCUCUCAGCGUUGCCACGGACAACAUGAUGCUGGAGUUCUACAAGAAGGACGGCAUGGGCGUGCGGGUCAUGGAUACUUCCUGGGUGUCGCGCAAGGGCUCGUCCACGCUGGCGCGCAAGACCUGCUCCACCCCGCCGGGCGUCUGCUCCACGCCCACCGACUCGCCGGUCGCCGCCGAGCAGGUCGGGGAGUUCGGGCCGUCGCCGGCCGCCACCCCGCCGCCCGCCGAAAGGCUCAGCUCAGACGUGUCGCCCAAUCGGCCGGACACCUCUCACGCCCACCCGCCCCCGGGGGAGGACCGGCCGCCCCCUCCUUACCCCGCCGGCUCCCACCACCACUUCUACCCCAAGCCCCCUCCCUGCGCCCGGCCCGUGGCGCCGGGUCCGGAGUCGCAGCCCCCGGCCUCGCCCCCGCCCCCGCAGCGCUGGUCGGGCUUCGCCCCGCCCGCCCCGCUCCCGUCCUCCUCCUCUUCCUCGUCCUCCUCCUCGCUCGACAUCAAUUCCAACCCCAAGCCCAGCUGCCUGCACUUCCCCAAGCACAGCCCGCCGGGCGACGCGUCGCACGCCCCCCCCGACGCUAACGCAUCGCCGUUCUACGUCAAAACGCCCCUGGUGCUCGCCCGCCACGAGCAGUCGCUCGGCAACCCCCCUAGCAUCCCUUCCUCCGCGCCCCCGCCCCCGCCCUGGGCUGCCUGUCCAUGCGCCAGAGAGAGAGGACUCCCCAGGCUGACUAGUUCGUUGAAGAGUAAAGAACUUUCCCCCGUCAUUGGACACAAAGGCAUCCAAGUGGCAAGUCCAACAGUGCCCCCUAGCGUCAGUCCGCACAGCGGCAGUCAGUGCCCCCACUCCGCAGAGCACAGCCCGCACGCCCUGCGCAAAGGUUCCAAAAAACUGGCCCCCGUGCCUCCCAAGGUCCCGUACUGUCAGUCGGGCGCAAUUUCGGACCACUCCGCGGGUCAGCCGUCGCCGGUCAGCCUGUCCCCGACCCCGCCGAGCACCCCGUCCCCGUACGGACUGGUGUGCAGUCCGGGUCAAGCGCUGCCCCCGUCCUCCCCGGGGCAGACCCCCUUGGGGCCGCCCCACUCCCUUUCGUCCCCGCCCUCGCUGACCGGGACGCUCACCAAGUCGCGGCCCGCCCCAAAGCCCAGGCAAAGACCCAGCCUGCCCCCGCCGCAGCCGCCCACCGUCCCAGUCGGGUUCUCCGGCCAGGCCCCGGUCCCGGUCCAGGUCCCGGCGCCCCGGCCGCCGGAGCAGGGCCUCGCCGACGGAUUGUCCCCGGGGGAGAGUAUGUCUACAGGUAAACAUCAGACACAGGGGGGGCUACAGCGCCCCUCGCUCAGACUGGCUGUGGCGCUGUCCACUGGGGACGGCGGACGGGUCUAAUCGGACCGCAGACGCAAAGCAUGCCUGGAUUCACGGUUCUGAAAUAUUGUCGGUUUGAACACUUUUUCCACACGGAAGCCUGAGAAUGACACACCAUGGACAAAAGUAUUGGAACGCAGUCACGCCAUGCGUCCGUCAAUUUUCUAAGGUCUUCGAAGUCAUCAAAUGCACAUACACGAAUCGAUUGUGGCCGUACAGUGUUGACUGGUUCAAGGGUCUGCCUCACAGUUCUGAGGUCCAGGUUUCAAAUCCCAGGCCGCCCUUGUGUGGAGUUUGCAUGUCCUCCUCGUGGCCCCGUGGCUUUUCUCCGGGCACUCCGGUGAACGCCCACAUCCCCAAAAACGUGCAUUGAGUGGAGACUCUAAAUUGCCUCGAGAUGGGAUUGUGAGUCCGAAUGGUUUUAUGGAAACCAGUUUAGGCUUUACCCCACCUCCUGUUUGUUGAAAAAAUCUCCAAGCCUUACCAUCGUUGCUUUAUUGGAAAAUUGACAACUUGAGGUACCCCUGACAAUCAAAAUGUUAGUGGAGGUUUAGCGUUGUGUUCGAGUCCGACACACUUGGACGACUUUGCCGUGGAAGAACUCAGACCGGGUCACCAAAAUCAUCUUCUGACAGACAUCACCGCCACAUUUUCGGCCAUUUCAGGCGUCCCAAUACUUUUGUCCGAGGGUUCUCAGCCUUUCGUAUUGACUCCUCGUGUGACGUUUCCGGAAACGUUCGAGAAACGCCGCUCGUACGAAGUCGCCGUCAGGGUCAUCGUGUGCUCUCUCUGUUUAUUUGUGUGAGCCGGACACAAAUUGUCGCUCGUCGAAGUGUCCCGACGUGUCUGCAGCGUGAUGUUCCGACCGCGAGGCGUCCUAGCAAUAUUCCGUCAGGGGAGAUCAGCACCUCCUGAAUUGACGCGUUUGCUCGCUUGCUAAGAAAGUAACAAUCUUCAAUUUUUACGUACGCAUUUUUAUUUUUUUCAAGCGUGAGUGGUGACGAGACAGCGGACAACACAUCGUACAAUCGCUGUAGCCGUAGCAAUAGCCGUGAUGAUGAUGAUGAUACUGUUGUAAACAAAUUGGGAAAAAGAGAUAAGAAGGAUGGAUGGAUGGAGUGA